GUCCGCGUUCUGCCGUUGACCACCGCUCGCGUUGUCGCCGCUUUCGUCAACACGAAAACAAAACAUUUCUCGGAACUUUAGUCUCUUCGUAUUUUCGGUGUUUAUUUGUGUCGCAAUGUCAACAGCGGACGAAUGUGUAGUGCUGAGAAACAACGGUUGAGGGAAUUGACAUUGUGAAUGUUAUUCAAUAUGAGAAUAUUCGACCAAGUGACUCGCGAUCUUCUCGAGGGAGUGAAGAAUUUUUACAAACGUUUAAACCUUUUUCAUUGAAAAUGUUUUACGAACAAAGUGUUUCGAGAGUUCAAAGUAGAGCUGGACGAAUAAUGUAGCGAUAAAUCAACGGUUUUAUAUCGACAUUCUGUGACUUUCCGUCGAUUAUAUUUUGUUGUGAUUUUCCCCACGUGCGUGUCCCGGCCCCAAAAUGCAAAAAGAUUCCAAUCCCCUCGUCAUCGCCGCGCUCAUGCUUGUUGUCAAUUUUUCUUUGUGCCUCGGUCAACAACGCUUCUCCGAAACACCACCGAUUUAUCACGAAGUUUCUACCGGCGAAGACGUCAAACUCAGAUGCAAAGUUCUCGACAAACGCGGACAGUGCAUCUGGCAAAAAGAUCGAAAACCCGUUGGCAUGCACCCGGACAAGUACGAAUGGGCCGGCGAUCGCAACACCGAUUGCACACUUCUCAUUAGACGUGCAUCUCUUGAUUUCGACGACGGUUUCUGGGAAUGUCAAGUCACAUCUGGCGAUUUUACCCGACAGGAUGCUCUCACCUCGCUGCCCUCGAGGCUCCUCGUUAGAGUUAAACCGAGACAGCCGCGUUUGGAAUAUGGCGGAACCGGUCUAUCCGGAGCUCUAACGUUGAGGGAGGGUCAGGAAGUCACGAUAUCCUGUGUAUCAAGAUACGGGAAUCCCCCAGCAGUGAUCAAAUGGUUCAUCGGUGGCGACGAGGUUGAAUCUCUGCGGGAACAGACGAACGCAACGGAGGUCGACAAUCCCAAGACCUGGGCAGCCCACAGUCUUCUGAGAAUUCGUGGACAGCGAGAGAACCAUGGUCUACCGAUCAGGUGUCUCAGUCUACAUCCGACGAGUCCAUUACCUGCUAUCGCUGAGUGUCGUCUCGAUAUACAUUACACACCGGAAGUCAGAAUAGAAACGAGCCCUCGGGUUUUGCCAGGUGGGCUCGAGGAUUCUUCGAGUUUUAUGAGCAUAAAAUGCAUCGCUGAUGCUAAUCCACCGGCCACUAUAAAAUGGUACAAGGACUCUUUGGCAAUAAACGAGCUCGAUAGCUUCGAACAAUCGGGCCAUAAUCGAACCCAUCGUAAUGGCAGUUUCGUGGGAUCGGAAGUCAGAUUCGAACCAGUCAAGAGAGAAGACGUCGGACUUUAUACUUGCAAAGCGUUCAAUGUUAUGGGCGAGAGUCCCCCAGCGAAUUACAGGCUCGACGUUCAAUACGGACCGCGACUUGUGGUGAACGAGAAUAAUUUAAACACGACAUUGGGAGAGACCGAAGUAGUGGCGAUGCUCGGAACGAGCGUCGAGCCUUUCGUUUGCGCCGAAUUCGAGGCGAAUCCAAAUCCGAAUUACAGAUGGACUCAUAACCGGGGUGGGAUACCGGAAAUGAUUGAAAAUCCACUCAGCGAGAAACUCGGCGGACGUCAUUUACGUAUCGAGAACAUUGUUUGGUCCGACGAGGGUGAAUACCGUUGCGUUGCUUACAACGUUAUAAAUGGUGUGCGACGGGAAAUGCCGAGUGACGCACGAUUUUUACUCCACGUAUCGGGACCACCGGAGAUACAAACGAGACCAUCCACCAGCGAUAACGAUUUCUACGAAUCUCUCGGCUGGCUCGGGGAACCUGUUCAUCGCUUAAAAUCGCGCUUCUGCUCGAGACCACCGCCGAGACUCGUCGCAUGGCAAUGGGGCAGCUCUCAUCUUCGAGCAGGUGAGAGUAUCAAUCCAAAAUACGAGGCUCUGCCGUUGGAACCGAUAACCGAGAACAAAGUAGUGACCAAUUGUUAUUGGGCGAAAUUGGAAAUAAGAGAUUUGCAGAAGGAGGACGCGAGAACGUACACGUUGUUGAUAGAAAGUGAAAAAGGCCAGGACUCGACGAAUAUUAAACUGAAUAUACGAGACCCGACGGAAAUUCGUGUUAUUGCGAUCGCCGCAGCCGUUGGUUUGCUCUUCAUUGUUAUACUCGUGACAGUUGGUGUGUACUCGAUAUUGAGGCUGAAGCAUCGUAAAUACGAGAAAGACGAAGAGGAGGAAGAAGGCAGUAUCGCUGCUGACGCUUUUUACACAACACCUUCGCCCUUGGAUCGACAGAAGGCACCGACACCGAGUAAAACGUACACGCGAAAGCUGCAGCAACCGGACGGUGGUCUCGCCGUUAUGUAUGAUUAUGAUCAAAUGGCCAAACAGCCACGAACUAUGAGCCCCGAAGCUCUCAAGGUCAGGAGGGCACCGGCUGUCCUCCAAGCUCCUACUAUUGUUUAAAUUUUUUUUAAUUUUUUGAAAACUUCAUUUUCCUCGUCUGUGCUGGGAUUUCGAACGUCGUUUCCUAUUUUCAAUUUAGUGUCAUUCUGUUCAUAAUUAGCGCUUAAUUUUCAUUCCAUAUAUUCGUUUUUUCAACUGUCAUACGAAUCUUGAGAAAAAGGUCUUCAGAUUGCUUUACAUUUUUGCUGCAGUCUAUGAUGACAGAGGUAAAAAGAAUAUUAUUUCUCAAUGUAUGUAUUUUCAACAAGAUUCUAAUGAAAAUAUUGCUUCAAGUUCGAUUAAUCAAUUCCUGGUAAGUUAUCAAUUUCUCAAGAGCAUUCCUCGCAGUUUUUGUUUUUGUUAUCUUCCUGCGUUAUAAAUAUUUCAGCUGUUCUUAAAUUGUUUUUCGAUUUUUCUCCCCCAAUUCAUUGACCUAAACGAAUCCUCGAAAGCCCAUUGGUUUUAUAAUUUCAAGGAAUUCUGAGACAAUGUCAUUUUUAAUACAAUUGACUCAAAAGUGAAAGUCAAAACCUGUCACUCAUUGGUUUGGCAUCAUUGAAAAGGUGUAAUUAACCAAACUCGUUUCGAAAUUUAACGAUAUUUUUCUAAAUGAUCGUAAUGUGCAGGACAUCUUGGAAAAUGUUGAAAAAUAAAUGGUUAUAAAUACACAAUAGAGUAACUGUACAAAGUUUUAGAACAACUUCGAUUUAAACAUGAAAAAAAAUGAAAGUUGUCAAACCUGCCUGAAUUAUCCGAUGUUACAAUUUUCAUGCGACAAAAUCAUUAUACGUUACUGUACAAUAAUUCUUUCUUACAUAUUUACGUUAAGUUUCAUUAUAAUUUUUAGCCAAUUUAUGCAUAUAUAUCUUUCGUAAUUAAUUACUCGAUUUUCGUUAAUUAGAUUUUAUUAUCGAGCGUUGAUUAAGUUGUUCUUAAACUUAAUUCGAAGAUACCAAAAAGAAGGCUAAAUAGAUAAUAGUUACGUUAUGGUUAAUCUCUGUUUCUCAUCAUACGUUGACACAUUCAUUCCAUUCUAGUUUAUAUAUAAAAGUUGUAUAUUAUUUAUUGUUCCCUUUAAUAAUAUUAAUCGUUAAGUACUUUUGUAUUUCUAAGUAAAAAUCAAUAAAAAUAUAUAUUCCUAAA